AUGCAAUUCUCCGUUUUAUCAACCUUGGCCCUCGUUUCCGUCGGGUUGGCUGCCAAUGCCCCAAUUCAAACCGAUUCUGCGGGACAACCACCAUUAAUUGCAAGGUUCACCCCUAGAGCCACCUUCAACAUCACCGGUUCAGUUGCAUUCCACCCGCUCACCAACGGAAGUGUCCACGUGGCUGUUGAUUUGAAAGGUUUGCCUGCCUCAGGCGGCCCCUUCCCUUACCACAUUCACGAAAAACCGGUUCCUGCCAAUGGAAACUGUACCGGAACCUCGGGCCACUUGAACCCUUUCAACGGGUCAACUACAGCUACCACCCCAGCAGCUAAAGAAGUAGGAGAUUUGGCUGGAAGACACGGAAAUAUCACGUCGCAAUCAUUCAGUGUUGAAUACGUUGAUGAGUUUCUUUCAUUGAACCCACACUCCAAGGCCUACAUUGGCGGAUUGUCGAUUGUUGUCCACUCGAACGACAACGCUAGACUUACUUGCGCCAACAUUACUGCGUUGAACUCAACUACAACAAGUUCAAAUGACACACACGCGGGACAUGCUUCGUCUUCUGCUGUGCCUGCUGCCAAUGGCGCUGCUGGUAUGCAAUUGGAAAUGGGUACCUUGAUGGCUCUCGGUGGUGCCGCUUUGGCCUUGUUGAUUUAA